AUGACCGGCGAGAUGACCGGCGCGACAUCGACAGAAGAGACGAUCGCCGAGAUGACAGGCGAUUUGACGACAGAAGAGAUGAUCGCAGAGACGACAGAAGAGAUGAUCGAGAUGAGCGCCCUCGUUCUCCUCUCCCGCGUCGUGACUUGGACAUCAGCCGGUCCCCGCGGCGGAGGUUCUUAUCGUCCUCGCUCUCGUUCUCCGGAACGUCGAGACCCUCGCGAUGACAGAUAUCCUCCUGCUGCCUCGACCUUCCGUCGCCAGUCACCGCCGCCCCGGGAUUCCGUCAACACUUCGGUGAUCAACUCUCGCAGCGGCUCUGGUAGAUCCUCUCCGCGGCCUCCUUCUCGUCGUGGCCGGGACGAUCGGUCUCGACCUCAGUCUCCCGCGCCCAGGUCUCCGCCUCGUCCGCCCUCCAUGAGAGCGCCAACUCCCGUACAAACUUCGGCUCCUCCCCCCCCCAGAGAGACCCCCAGACAGGCCCCCCCGCAGCCCUCGCCACAGCAGCCUGUCCAGUUGACUAUGCAGCCAGCCCCAAGGCCAGCGGCUACAGAGAUCAAUUCUACUCCCAUGCGCUCUCCUCCCCGGGCCCCGGCAGCGCUUAGAGCCCCUCCCACCGGCCCGGCCGCCUCCCGCAACUUCACCUCCCCCGUGGCACCCAUCCCGCAACACUCGACCCCUCAAAUCCCCCCGAGCGGCCCAGCCCGGGAUACUACUAGUCCUAGCAUCCCGCCCUCCGGACCCCGCAACUACAUCGCUCCCUCCCCCAGAGGCAACUUCACCCCUCGCAACAGCAUCGGCGGAGGAGGCCGCGGCAUCAACCCUUCCUCCUCCUGGGGCCCGCCCAGCUCUGUCUCUAGGAACCACAACCACCCCUCCCAUCUUCCACCUCGACAAACCUCCUCCCCUACCAUCCCCACCCCGACCGGUCCCUCCUCCAUCCCGACAGGUCCCCGCUCAGCAGGGGGUAGCAUCUCGGGCCCCUCCCACAACGGCCCCCCCUCCACCGGCGUAGCCUCCCCCUCCCCCUCCACCCCCUCCAUCUCCCUCCCCCCUCCUACCGGCCCCUCCGCUGGUGUCAACACCAACAGGCCGUUCAACCCCCCCACCGGGCCCGCCUUAUCCUCCCCGCAACCCCCUCGCGCGACGCUGGCUCAAAAUAUGAUGAGUACCUUGCCCCCUCUCCUUCCCCCGGGCAGUGGCGGGAAAUUAGACCUCUCAAUGGCAACAAUAGACGAGAAGGACCCCCACUACAGAAAAAUGAAAGAAGACGAGGAAAGGCUGAGGGAGGAGUUGAAGGUGCGACAAGAAAAAUUAAGGAAGAGCAUGAGGGUGUGGGACCGGAUGGAGAGGGAGAGUAAGGGGUGCGAGUUAAAGAGUGAGCUGAGUGAGAGGAGUUUGAGGGGGCUGAGUGGGGAGGGGCAGGGGGGUGCUUUUUAG